GCCACGGCGUGGAGCCCAGCGGGCUGUCGGUCGCCGGAGCGACCAUGCGCGGCGACCCGGGGGCUGCGAGCCAAGCGCGCCGGUGAAUGGCGGCUCGCUGAGACGGCGGCGGCCAGGCGCGGGCUCCUGCCGGCGUAGGGUGGCGGGGCCGGGGUGAUGCUGCUCAAGCUCCUGCAGAGACAGACCUAUACCUGCCUCUCCCACAGGUAUGGGCUCUACGUCUGCUUCGUGGGCGUCGUUGUCACCAUCGUCUCGGCUUUCCAGUUCGGAGAGGUGGUUCUGGAAUGGAGCCGGGAUCAAUACCACGUUUUGUUUGAUUCCUACAGAGACAAUAUUGCUGGGAAAUCCUUUCAGAAUCGGCUCUGUCUGCCCAUGCCGAUCGACGUGGUUUACACCUGGGUGAAUGGCACAGACCUUGAACUGCUGAAGGAGCUCCAGCAGGUCCGAGAACAGCUGGAGGAAGAGCAGAAGGCGAUGAGGGAAAUCCUGGGGAAGAACACGACAGAACCAACGAAGAAGAGCGAGAAGCAGUUGGAGUGUCUGCUGACCCACUGCAUCAAGGUGCCCAUGCUCGUUCUGGACCCGCCCUUGCCAGCCAACAGCACCCUGAAAGACCUGCCAUCUCUUUAUCCAUCUUUCCACGCCGCCAGCGACAUGUUCAACGUUGCAAAACCAAAAAACCCUUCUACUAAUGUGUCUGUAGUUGUUUUUGACAGUACUAAGGAUGUGGAAGAUGCCUAUGCCGGACUAUUUAAGGGAAGCAGCAAGCAGACAGUUUGGCGAGCCUACUUGACGACAGACAAAGAAGUCCCAGGCUUGGUGCUGAUGCAAGACUUGGCCUUCCUGAGCGGAUUCCCGCCAACAUUCAAGGAGACAAGUCAGCUGAAGACAAAACUGCCGGAAAACCUUUCCUCUAAAAUAAAACUGCUACAGUUGUACUCGGAGGCCAGCGUCGCUCUUCUGAAACUGAACAACCCCAAAGGGUUCCAGGAGCUAAACAAGCAAACUAAGAAGAACAUGACUAUCAACGGGAAGGAGCUGACCAUCAGCCCCGCGUAUCUGUUGUGGGACCUGAGUGCCAUCAGCCAGUCGAAGCAGGACGAAGAUGUGUCCGCCAGCCGCUUCGAAGAUAACGAAGAGCUAAGGUACUCUUUGCGGUCUAUCGAGAGGCAUGCGCCGUGGGUUCGGAACGUCUUCAUAGUCACCAACGGGCAGAUUCCAUCCUGGCUGAACCUCGACAACCCUCGGGUGACAAUAGUCACCCACCAGGACAUUUUCCGAAAUCUGAGCCACCUGCCCACUUUCAGUUCACCUGCCAUUGAGAGUCACAUCCACCGCAUCGAAGGGCUGUCCCAGAAGUUCAUCUAUCUAAACGACGACGUCAUGUUUGGGAAGGACGUUUGGCCCGACGACUUCUACAGUCACUCCAAAGGCCAAAAGGUGUAUUUGACGUGGCCUGUGCCCAACUGUGCGGAGGGCUGCCCGGGCUCCUGGAUUAAAGACGGCUACUGUGACAAGGCCUGUAAUAAUUCAGCCUGUGACUGGGAUGGCGGCGACUGCUCCGGUAACAGCGGAGGGAGUCGCUUUGUUGCAGGAGGUGUGGGUACCGGGAAUAUUGGCGUCGGACAGCCCUGGCAGUUUGGUGGAGGAAUCAACAGUGUCUCUUACUGCAACCAAGGGUGUGCAAACUCCUGGCUCGCCGAUAAGUUCUGUGACCAAGCCUGCAACGUCUUGUCCUGUGGGUUUGAUGCUGGUGACUGUGGACAAGAUCAUUUUUAUGAACUGUAUAAAGUAACUCUUCUCCCGAACCAGACACACUAUGUCAUCCCCAAAGGUGAACACCUGCCAUACUUCAGCUUUGCCAAAAUCGCCAAGAGAGGAGUGGAAGGCUCCUACAGCGACAGUCCGAUAAUCCGGCACGCGUCCAUCGCGAACAAGUGGAGAACCAUUCAUCUCAUACUGCACAGUGGGAUGAACGCAACCAUGAUCCACUUUAACCUCACGCUCCAGAACUCCAACGAUGAAGAGUUCAAAAUCCAGAUAACAGUGGAGGUGGACACAAGGGAGGGGCCGAAACUGAACGCCACAACCCAGAAGGCCUAUGAAAAUUCGGUCAGCUCGGUGACACCUCUUCCCCAGGCUGAAAUCCCUUUUGAAGAUGUUCCCAAAGAGAAACGCUUCCCCAAGGUCAGGAGACACGAUGGAAACACCACAGGGAGAUUCCAGCAGGAGGUGAAAAUCCCCCUGGUAAAUAUCUCACUCCUUCCGAAGGAGGUCCAGGUGAGACUGAGCAACUUGGACCUGCAGCUGGCGCUUGGAGACAUCACCCAGAAAGGAUACAACUUCUCCAAGUCAGCCCUGCUGAGGUCUUUCCUGAAGGGCUCACUAGAUGCUAAAGGAAAACCUCCGUCUAGAAGGACCAACAAAACAAAUGACCGUCUGGAGGCCCCACAGGAAAAGCCCUCUCACAGAAGCCCAGGUGGCUUUGUUGCCAGUCAGAGAGCAGAGAGACAGACAUCCCCAGUGGGGACAGUGGACACGAAUGGCCAUGACCGUGGUUUGAAUCCACCCCCGGUCUUGGAGAGCAAUGCAAGAUUUAAGUUGGAAACUCAGGCCCCACGUGCACCAAGCAUGAGUGUAUCCAGAGAAGACCUCACCGGGAAAGAGGAGGCAGGAGGCAGAGCGGAGGGCGAAGCUGACAGCCGCAUAGCUGUAGAAGUAGUUCCUGGAAGGCGGCUGCGGCACUACACGGAGACUUACCCAGGCUUUUUGCCUUGGGAGAAAAGAAAGUAUUUCCAAGACCUUCUUGAUGAGGAAGAGUCAUUGAAGACACAGUUGGCGUACUUGACCAACAGCAAACGUGCAGGACGCCAGCUGAAAGACACGUUUGCGGAUUCGCUCCGAUACGUCAAUAAGAUUCUCAACAGCAAGUUCGGAUUCACGUCCAGGAAAGUCCCCGCCCACAUGCCACACAUGAUCGACAGGAUCGUCAUGCAAGAGCUACAAGAUAUGUUCCCCGAGGAAUUUGACAAGACAUCGUUUCACAAGGUGCGCCACUCGGAGGACAUGCAGUUCGCCUUCUCGUAUUUCUAUUACCUCAUGAGUGCAGUGCAGCCCCUGAAUCUUUCCCAAGUCUUUGACGAAGUAGAUACAGACCAGUCUGGUGUCUUGUCGGACAGGGAGAUCCGAACGCUGGCUACCCGGAUCCACGAUCUGCCUUUAAGCUUGCAGGAUCUGACAGGUUUGGAACACAUGUUAAUAAAUUGCUCAAAAAUGCUUCCUGCCAAUAUCACUCAGCUGAGCAACAUUCCACCAACCCAGGAAGCAUACUACGAUCCCAACCUGCCGCCAGUCACUAAAAGUCUUGUCACCAACUGUAAACCAGUAACCGACAAAAUCCAUAAGGCGUAUAAAGACAAGAACAAGUAUAGGUUUGAAAUCAUGGGAGAAGAAGAAAUUGCUUUCAAGAUGAUUCGCACCAAUGUUUCUCAUGUGGUUGGCCAGCUGGAUGACAUAAGGAAAAACCCCAGGAAGUUCGUUUGCCUGAACGACAACAUUGAUCACAAUCACAAAGACGCCCAGACUGUGAAGGCUGUUCUCAGGGACUUCUAUGAAUCCAUGUUUCCUAUCCCUUCCCAGUUCGAGCUGCCGAGAGAGUAUCGGAACCGUUUUCUUCAUAUGCAUGAGCUGCAGGAAUGGAGGGCAUAUCGAGACAAGCUGAAGUUUUGGACCCACUGCGUGCUAGCAACACUGAUUAUAUUCACUAUCUUCUCGUUUUUUGCUGAACAAAUAAUUGCCCUUAAGCGGAAGCUAUUUCCCCGGAGGAGAAUACACAAGGAAGCUAGUCCAGAUCGAAUCAGGGUGUAGAAGUUCUUUGUUUGCAAUCACCUACCUCAGCGUCUCCUGCGCAUCUCACACCUCCCCGUCACAGGGUGUCCGCAUGACGUGACGCAGACACAGGCAUGUCCCCAUGAUGCAGCGCAGAUACGGGUUGUCCUCAUGAUGUGAUGCACCAACACAGGGGUGUCCCCGUGAUGUGAUGCAGACACAGGGGUGUCCCGUGAUGUGACGCACAGACACUGGGGUGUCCCGUGAUGUGAUGCACCGACACAGGGGUGUCCCGUGAUGUGACGCACAGACACAGGGGUGUCCCGUGAUGUGACGCACAGACACAGGGGUGUCCCCGUGAUGUGAUGCAGACACUGGGGUGUCCUGUGAUGUGAUGCACCGACACUGGGGUGUCCCGUGAUGUGAUGCACCGACACUGGGGUGUCCCGUGAUGUGAUGCACUGCACCAACACUGGGGUGUCCCAUGAUGUGACGUACAGACACUGGGGUGUCCCGUGAUGUGAUGCACCGACACUGGGGUGUCCUGUGAUGUGAUGCAGACACUGGGGUGUCCCGUGAUGUGACGUACAGACACUGGGGUGUCCCGUGAUGUGAUGCACCGACACAGGGGUGUCCCGUGAUGUGAUGCAGACACUGGGGUGUCCCGUGAUGUGAUGCAGACACUGGGGUGUCCCAUGAUGUGAUGCAGACACUGGGGUGUCCCGUGAUGUGACGCACAGACACUGGGUGUCUCGUGAUGUGACGCACAGAUGGCCUGCUCGGAAGAAGGGACAACGUGCAGACCGUGUUCUCCUGCAGCAUGAAUAGAGAGCCCACGGCCCUGGAGUUAAUCAGCACACUGAGACCUUGCGUUGGCAGCCCUAUGGCUUGUACUUUUAAGGGAUUUGUUGAUGGACCCUCGCUGACAAGCUCCCGGUUUCCUCCCACAAUCCCUGCGGCCUGAGAAGCCGGGCCGGCCUGGGAACAAGUGCUGAGGGACCCCAGGCUUUGCAUUCCGAAGUCCUUUGGCCCUAACUUUCCACUUUCCUCUUCUUUUCCUUCAUUUCUCAUUUUUAAAAAUCAGUAGCGACUAAGAAAUAAUGAAUUCAGAAUGUCCACAUGUUUGUAUAGAUCUUAUUUAAAUAAUGUAGAGCUAGCCUUUCCUUUUAGCAUAUCUAAAUUAUUGAUUUUUAUGAGCCUUCAGGCGGUCUUGAAUCACUUAUGACUACUGAAGACCUGGGGGGGUUGAUGUUGGCAGCACUUUGUUUAACCUAGCCCCCAGGAUGCCGGGAUUUCGUCGGCGGGCCCGAUUGCAAAGGGCUAGCGUCAAGCACCGAUGCUACUCACCAGAUGUGAUCAUGUCUUGGCAAUGGACACACUCAAACAGAAGUGCCUCACUUUGGAAAUGAGUAGUGCUGAUGGCGCCAGCACGCGGCACUGGCGUCCAGCUGGAAAUCCGUCUCUCUCAGCAGCUCACUUUCAGCCUGCCGUGCGGGAACAGUGGUCAGCCAGCUUUUUCUAAAAGAACAGAGAGCGGGUAACUUGAGACACAGCUGUCUUUGUCAGACAGUCUACUUGGCUUAAUUUUUUUGUUUGUUUGGUUUGGGGGGUUUCUUUUAUUUUUGUAAACAGCCCAAUAGAACCAGCUUUAGCUCGCACUCGCAGCUCUACAAAAACAGGCCCCAGCCAGACUUGAACCACAGCCUCAUUUUUAUGUAAACCCCGACAUUAGCCAUGCUCCGUUAUAUCAUUGUAUAGUGGUUUUGUGGAGCCCAGAUUCCAUGAAUCCGCUCUGAAUUCUGACAGCUCCAAUCAUGAUGUCAAUGGUAUUCUUCCUAAAUGGCACACACUUUUGUAAUGAGAACUUAAAAUGUAAAUACCGUGGUUGUGCUGUAAAUUUUGUGUAUUUCAAAAGUCGAAAUCUCAUAAAAAGAUCACGUUUAUUGGUUUGAGGGUUUACUAUUAUUAUUUAUUGUGUAUGUGUGUUUUGCCUGAAUGCAUGUCUCUGCACCAUCUGUGGAAAUCAGAAGAGGGUGUCAUAGCCUCUGGAACUGGGGUUACAAAUGGUUGUGAGCUGCCAUGUAGGUGCUGGGGUUUGAGCCCAGGUCCUCUGGAAGAGCAGCUAGUGUUCUUAACCGGUGAGCCAUCUCUCUAGCCCUAUGCUUUUAGCUUGAAUAAAGUUUUUGAAGAUUGGUGAUAUUACUGUCCAGAUUCAACAGUCUUGAAUGGUCGUCUGUGGGGAGUGUUCAGCCCUCUGGCUCUGCAGUGAGCACUGUAAAGUGUGAAGUAGUGUAUGGAAAGGUUAGGAUUAUAACAUACUAGAGAAUGCUGCUUUGUGGGAUGGGGAACAGAUUCAGAAUGGAAUUUAUCCCCCCCCCAAAUUAAGUGUUAAUUGGGUAUUAUUUAAAAGCUGAGAAUUGAUUUUGGAAAAGUUAUAGAUACUGGACAUUUGGAUGUAAUAUAGACUUCUGCGGUUAGAUGAGUAUAAGGUUAAUAAGUUUGGUAGCACAGUGGAUGAUAAAAUACAAACAUUCGUGCAAUCAUUUAUCUAAUGAUUCAGCAGAUUGUUGGGAAAGAAUUUGAACAGUGAGUGGCCAGAAAAUUUAAACCUUAGAACCAUUCAUUCAGAUGGAAUUCUAUAAAAGGUCAGAAUGUGAUUUGAGCCCAUUUGUUGUACAAAAAUAAAAUAUAAUAUGCUUGUCAUCCCUGCAUUCAGGAGGGUGAGAUAGGAGAGUUGCAUGAGUUCAAGGGAUGCGUAGUUCCAGGUAGCCUGUGCAACAGAGACCGCAUCACAAAACCAACGCCACAAGGAGAAACGCACAAGCACGAGUGAGUCUGAGGAGCGGAAAUGCACGUCCUAGUAGGGUUGACAAGUCCAAGAUGCUGGUAGGUUCAGUCACCAAGCACUGUUCUGCUUCCAGGUUGACACCUUGAAUACUGUGCCCCCCAGAAGUGAUGAUGCCUUGUGCUAAUAGGGCAGAUGGCAAGAAGACAAAGGGGACAAGUUCUUUGCAUUGAGCCGUUUAUAGGCACCACUAAUCGUGAUCACUGAGGUUCUGCCCUUGGGGGCAUAUACACACCACGGCGUACCUUUAGAGGUCAGAGACCAACUCGUCCCAACUCGUCGCUUGUUCCUGUGACGUGGAUCCUGGGAAGCCAGCUCGGGCCAUCAGACUUGACAGCAUGUACUUUCACAUGCUGCACAACAUCACCAGCUCCGGUAAUAUAUUUUUCCAGACUGGCGUGGCGGUGGUGAACAUCUGUCAUUCCAGAAUCCUGAAGGUAAGGCUAGAGGGUAGCAAGUUCAAGGUCUACCCAAGCUUCUUAGCCAAGGGGAGAGGGAAGAGUUAAUACCCCAGAUCCAGUGAUGAAGGGGGCUUCUUAGUCUAACUGCUCUGUGCUUCCCCCUUAUUCUAGUUCCAGCCCUAUCUUAAAAUUCUAUUAAAUAGCAGGCAGUUUUUCUGCACACAUGAAAUUCAUUUCUAGGCACUGAAACAUGCUUGGGUUGCAAAUGGCCUAGGUACCGUAAACUUCUUUAAAAAGAGGAGCACCAGAGACACAGUCUAUGUGUGUCUAGUUGACAGGAUCGAGACUCUUCUAAGAGGCACACCCCUAAGAUGUCAUCUAGGUUAGGUCAGCUGUAGUGGGAAGACCUACCCGUGGGCAGCACCUUUGUGGCAGCCCAGAUGUGAGGAAGUCUGAGGGGAGCUCUUAUCGUUGCCAGUUUGCAGGAGCCUCUGCGGGUGUGUGUGUCUACCGUGUUGGCUGCUUUCCUAGCCUGUGGCUGCCCCUGCCCAGCUAUUGCGGCUGCUGUCCUUUGUUGAUGCCUGAGCCCAGCUUCUUCAGCCUUCCAACACAGGCUGAAGAUCAUUGGCUCUCCAGGAAUCUUCUGGGGCCUGCAGCACCACAUUGGAACUGCCCAGGCACCCAGCCUCGUGCACUGAGCAGUCACCAGGUAGCCGGUGUGCAGACAACCAUUGUGGUACUGCCCAGAGCAAACUGGGAGCCAAGCUAACAAAUCCCCCUUUACAUAUGCGCAUUCCACCUGUGACCUUCCAGAGACCCCGGCUUAGCCCGCCAGGACUGUUGCUCAGCCCUGUCCAUCCCACCUCUCUUUCCGUGUCUGUUCUAUCCCCAGAAUGAAGGCAUGCCUCCUAACUCACAUUCUUCAGGGAGUCCAGAAACUUCAUCUCUGGUUUAGUAUAGAAAAUCCUGGUUGGGGGGCUGGAGAUAUGACUCAGUGGUUAAGAGCACUGACUGCUCUUCCAGAGGACCCAGAUUCAAUUCCCAGCACCCACAUGGCAGCUCACAACUGUCUGGAGAUCCAGUUGCAGGGAAUCUGACACCUUCACACCAAUGCACAUAAAAUAGUUAAAUAAACCAUAAAAAUAUUUUUUUAAAAAAAGAAAAUCCUGGUUGGGAAUGAAUAAGUGAUUUGUUUAUUCUAGGCGCUGUGUACUUCUGGCCUGAGAAACGGAGUCUUUCUUCCACAGGAGGCUUGCAAAAUCAACAAGAGAACUGCCCCCUGUGAAGCUGUGUGUGUGUGUGUGUGUGUGUGUGUGUGUGUGUGUGUGUGUGUGUGUGUGAAGAGAGAGAGAGGGAGAGAGGAGAGAGAGAGAGAGAGAGAGACAGACAGACAGACAGACAGACAGACAGACAGAGAGACCAAGUUCCCUGAAUUGCCCAAGUUGAAGGUAAGCCGCUAUACUCGAAAGCAUUGCAAAAUUUAAAUCUGGUGAUUAAAAUUCGACCAAGGUAAGGCUAAGUGUUGAUAAAGAGCACCAUCAGGACUCUGUAAAUGUGGCUGAUGUGUAGCUCAGUGCUGGAGGACCUGCCCCUCGUGCACAUGGCCUUGGUGGAGGUCCCCAGCACAGAAAAAAAAUUAUAAAAAUAUAGCAAUUAAUAUAAAUUUAAACUAAUAAUUGGUCCUUCUGCUUCCCCUCACCUGCCAACUUCAGACUUUUACACUAUGCCAGUAUUUUCACAGAUAUGCUGUGCAUUUCUCGGUUGGCCUGUGCCUGUGAGAACCUGUUCUUACUGCUUCAUGUGCCUUUUCCUUCUUACCCAUUACUCUCCGAUUCACGCCGCAUCACUGUGGUCUAUCGCCAGUUGUUUACCUGCUGUCUUAGUUAGGGUUUCUAUGGCUGUGAUAAAAUACUGCAACCAAAAGCAAACCUGGGGUGCGGGCGGGGGAGCAUUUCUUUCAUCUUGCAGUUAAACAGUCAGUUGUUAAAAUCUGGACAGGAAUUCAGAAGCAGGAACCUAGAGGUUGCAAUUGAAUCAAAAGCCAUGGAGGGGUGCUGCUUACUGGUUUGCUCCCCACUGUUUGCUCAGACUGCUUUCUUAGACAACUCAGGACCACCUGCCCAGGAGGUGGCACCUCUUGCCAUGGGCUGGGUUCAUCUACAUUAAUCAUCAAUCAAGAAAAUGUCCCUACAGGCUGAUCUUUUGGAGGCAUUUUCUCAAUUGUGGUUCCUUCUUCCCAGAUGAUUCCUUAGCUUCUGCCAAAUUGACAGAAAAAAAAAAUAGCCAAGGCCUAUUAAGACAUUAAGUUAUUUUUAUUUCAUCCAUUAUUAUUGUAGGGAGGGGGACGGUGCCCUCUUCUGGCCAGCAAGCAUACAGACAGACAGAACACUGUAUACAUAAUAAAUAAAUAUGAUGGAUUACAUUGAUAGAUUUUCGUAUGUUGAACCAGCCCUGCAUCUCUGGGAUGAAGCCUACUUGAUCAUAAUGGAUAAUUUUUCUAAUGUGUUCUUGGAUUCGGUUUGCCAGUAUUUUAUUGAGGAUUUUUGCAUCGAUGUUCAUGAGUGAGAUUGGCCUGUAGUUCUCUUUCUUGGUUGAGUCUUUGUGUGGUUUUGGUAUUAGGGUAAUGUAGCUUCAUAAAAGGAAUUUGGCAAUGACUCUUCUGUUUCUAUAUUGUGAAAUACAUUAAGGAGUAUAGGUAUUAGCUCUUCUUGGAAGUUCUGGUAGAAUUCUGCAUUGAAACCGUCUGGACCUGGGCUUUUUUUUGGUAGGGAUGUUUUUGAUAACAACUUCUAAUUCUUUGCGACUAACAGGUCUAUUUAGUUUGUUCACCUGGUCCUGGUUUAGCUUUGGUAUAUGGUACUUAUCUAAAAAAGUGUCCAUUUCUUUUACAUUUUCCAUAAAUCUAAAAAAAAAAAGUGCCUCCAAAGAUUGGGCUGUAGGUGAGCCUGUAGAUAUGGGAGGGCCUAGCCCACUAUGGGCAGUGCCAGCCCUGGGCAGGUGGUCCUGGAUUCUGUAAGAAAGCAGGCUGAGCCAGGCGCACACCUUUAAUCCCUGCACUCAGGAUGCAGAGACAGGUGGAACUCUAUUUUUGAGGCCAGCCUGGUCUACAGAGCAAGUUCCAGGACAGCCAGGGCUACACAGAGAAACCAUCUAUAAA